CGCCUUCUUCUACCUACCAACGAUCGCAACCCGACCAACGAUCGGAACCCUACAUACUCCGAUCGAGCAAUGGAAGAGACCGAGCAGAACAGACCGGUAAUUUUCAAAGAUAUAAGGAGAUAUUCCUGCGAGUUCUGCGGCAUUUUACGAUCGAAGAAAGCGCUCAUUUCUGCUCACAUCUUAUCUUGUCAUCAGGAUGAGCUCAAGGUCCGAGGAGAAUCAAAAGAGUCGGACGAAAACGUGCCUAAAGUUCACACAUGUGCAGAGUGUGGAGUAAGCUUCCAGAAACAUGCUUAUUUGAAGCAGCAUAUGCAAAGUCAUUCACUCGAGGUAUCUGAUUCAGAGUCUAUUGGAGUCUUAUUUUCCAAUUUUGUGAUUAUAGAUUAUAGCUUGAGAAGUAGUUUUCAUAUGAAUACUUUUGAAUCGGACUUUUUGAAGCUGAUCGUCUCUUGAUCAUAGGUUCUAUGAACUAUGGAUAUCUGGAUUUAGACAUAAAUUUAUGCACUUGAAGAUAUACAAUAGACAAUGGUUCAAUUUCACUGACUUCCUAUUACAUGUGUCUCAGAAUUUUUGGUCUUGCAGUUUGAGAUUUAAAAGGUUUCAUGGAAUAUCAAACAAAUAUGACUAGUGUGAAGCAUUGGAUCCCAGAGAAUAAACUCCGAAAUGCAAGAGGCAGUUAUAUCAUCUUGAAUGGAAUAGUACCAGAGGCCAUUUGUAUGCUCGGUAGAUGAUUGCAAGUGUAGCUAUAGACGAAAGGAUCACUUGAAUAGACAUCUUCUUCAGCACCAGGGAAAGCUGUUUGAGUGCACCGUUGAGGGUUGUGACCGGAAAUUCAGUUAUUGCAGUAAUAUGAAGCGUCAUGUCGUAGAGAUGCAUGAGCCGGGUGUGCCAAGUGUUGUUGACCCUCCAAAGCAGCAUGUUUGCACUGAAGCUGGUUGUAAAAAGGCUUUCAAGUAUGCAUCCCAAUUGAAGAAACAUGAAGGUUCUCAUGUAAAGCUGGAUACUGUUGAGGCAUUUUGUUCAGAGCCAGGGUGCUUUAAAUAUUUCACGAAUGAACAAUGCCUUAAAGAACAUACUCUGUCUUCCCACCAACAUAUUGUCUGUGAGAUCUGUGGGAUAAAGCAUCUGAAGAAGAAUAUGAAGCGUCAUCUUCGCAUGCAUGAAGCUCAGCCAUCAUCAAAGAGAAUCCCGUGUGACUUUGAGGAUUGUGACCAUACCUUUGCAACAAGAUCAAAUCUUAAGCAACACAUCAAAGCCUUUCACCAGUCAAUUAAGCCAUUUGUCUGCAGUUUUUCUGGUUGUGGAAUGAGAUUUUCCUUCAAGCAUGUGAGAGAUAAGCAUGAAAAGUCUGGAUGUCAUGUUUACACCCAAGGAGACUUUGAAGAGACUGAUGAGCAAUUCAGGUCGAGGGAGAGAGGAGGCAGGAAAAGGAAGCUACCUGUUAUGGAGUCUUUGAUGACUAAAAGAAUCGUCCCACCAAGAGAUACGGAUUCCAUCAUCGAAAACGGACCCGAGUACAUAUCUUGGUUGCUUUCUGCCGGGUCUCAAGACUGAGUCGACUCGGAUGUAAUUACACGUAUGUAAGGGGAAAAUAUAUAAGGGGUACUUGAGUUAAUUUGUAUUAUGUGUUGUCUCUCAAAUUUGAAACCUUGUAAUCUUAUAAAAAUGAUAUGUGAUGGAAAACGGAAGAUCUUGUAGACACAAAUAUACGACUGAUCACAAAUGUGGGGUAUGUUCAAAGGAAUGUAGACAUGCAUUAAUCGCGGU